AUCAGUUAUCAUUGUAUUGACGACAAGUUUAAUCAAAAAGGAAGAGCUACAAAAUGUUGAAGAAUUUGAUAAUUCUCUUGAUGGUCGUAGCUUGUGUUUUAGCAGCUAAGGAUAGUGAGGACAGCAAGCAAAGAGAAAACAGACACAAAAAAAGAUUCGAUAGUCAUUUAAGAAAGCAUGGAAAGAGAUAUGACAGUUUACCUGAGGAAGUAAGAACUAGACGCCGAGAAAAUUACAUGAAAAAUUUAGAUUUUAUCGAAAAACACAACAAAGAUCCAAAAAAUAAGUUCCAACUUGGUUCCAAUGAAUAUUCUGAUCGAGAUACACAAAGAUUCGUUGAUGACAUGUGUCGCACUAAAUUGCCACCAAUGGCUCGUGCACUUCCACUUCCACCAUCAAUUUAUGCAACAACAACAGCAGCUAGAGUCGCUGUUGACUGGCGAACUCAAUACACGCAAGAUGUUGUAAAUCAAGGAGCUUGUGGAUCAUGCUGGGCAUUUGCUACGGCUUCAACAAUCGAGGCUUUUAACGAGAUCAGAGGAAGAGGCAAAACUGCUAUAUCGCAGCAAAACAUUGUUGAUUGUGAUACUGUUGAUUAUGGAUGCGGUGGAGGAUGGCCUAAAAGUUCUUUUGAUUUCUUAAAGAACACUUAUGGAAAUAAAAUUGCAACAGCUAUGAAUUAUGCAUAUACAUCUGGUUCCACCCAAGCAGCAGGAUCAUGCAAAGUUGCUCCAUACGUUCCAUUAAAUUACACAAGCACGUUCCAAUUUCUGAUAAACGGAAAUGCUGCUGCUUUGAAACAAAUCAUCUCAAACUAUGGUCCAGUUGCCAUUGCAAUGUAUGUCUCACCUUCUGGACUUUUCCAAAAUUAUAAAACUGGAAUUUUCACUGAUCCUGAUUGUCCUGUUACUGGAACUAAUUUGUGUUACACAGUUAAUCAUGGUAUGGUUGCAGUUGGUUACGGAUCAACAGCAGGUCAAGAAUAUUUCAUUAUUCGUAACUCAUGGGGCUCAACAUGGGGAGAAGGAGGUUACAUGAGAAUGGCUAUGGGUAAUACAUGCAAUGUUGCUUGUUGGGCCAUGGGUGUAGAAUAAAAGAAUCGAGUUGAAAGUUCACAAGGAAUUUUAUGUUUUCUACUGAUGAUGAUUUUAUUGUACCUGAAUAAAUGAUUUUUUGAUUAAAU